AUGAGCAUUCGCCGGGAAAGGUUGGACAUGCUCAAGCUGCUCAAGCCUCUUUGCCAGCCAGUGGAUGAGACCCUGCAGGCACAGGCUCCGAAUCUGUGGCGGUGCUGCGUGAAGCUCGAGUUGGACGAGGCCGGCCGGCAGCGCGUGCACGAGCUCACGCUGAAGCUCAUGUGCAGUCAGGACGACUUGAAUGGGUUCGUCCAUCAGGCCAAUGCCCUCCUGAGCGCCAGGCUGUUUGGAAGCCUGGGUACCAGCUUCUGCGCAGAACUGUUUCAGAAGCUGGGCGCCACCUACGUGCAGGAGCUCUUCCUCUUCUUGGGGCAGCUUGGGGAGAGAAGCCAAGCGUUGUAA